AUGUCGUCUGAGAAUCCAGAAAGUAUAUAUAAUAACUUGGGGCGACUCCGGAAGAACAGAAAGGUCAGGGGAAUUCUUCAGAGGAAGCAUGUUUCAGAAGUUGGUCAACAUCUUAAAAAGCAGCUAUCGGACAUUAAUGAGCACAACGCCGGUACGAAGGAAUUACAGUUUACUGUGGAAAAGGAUGGAAAAGUCAUUGAUUACAGUGAUAUUACCAUUCCUUCUGAAUUGGAUUAUGAUGCAUUUCGGAGUGCAUCUUUUUUACGUAGGAGCAACGAAAUCAAGGAACUUCUCAAGACAAAGCAGGAAGAUACUUUUGGUCUUGUUGUGGAUAAAUGCGAAAUGCGAUUUUGUGAUAUUGAUGAGUAUGAUCCUGUUUUCGAUUUGGUAGCAAUCAAAAAGAAGUCAUACAAUAACCUUACAAAAAAGGACGAGUACCUUAAAGCGCACUCUAACGAAUCAUGUAGUGUUCAGUGUACUGUGUCUGAUUUUGUCCAGAAGGAUUAUGAUUCCUUAGGUUAUCAGUGCUAUGACGAUUAUUUGGAUUUGCGAGGGUAUUCGUCGAUUCCUACAAAAAAACAGAAGUCUCUCUUUGAGUAUGAGGAGAUUGUUUGUGGUGUGGAUGGUUGUAUUUUCCGAUGUGUUAGCCCUGAAGAUAUGGAAAAUCACCGGAAACUUCACAGUUCCCCGCUUCCCUUUCCUUGCCUCGAAAAAGGUUGUCUUCAUUCUUGCAGCUCCCGCUUUGAUCUGAAGCAUCAUAUGUUGCAACAUUGCAAGCACCUCUUUCCAUGUCUAUCAAAAAAUUGCCGCUCUGUGUUGACAUCUCCACUUGAAUUGUGUUGUCACACUAUGUAUCAUACUGCGUUUUCUGUACAAGUACAAAGACGUAGGCUCUGCCACCUAUGCAGGAAGCUGGUAUUAUGUCACCAUUCCCACUUGCAACUCCAUCCUGAGAUUUGCCCCCAGUGCCCCUAUCCUGGUUGUUCGUAUGUAAUUCGAUCAAAGAAUCAGUAUUUUUAUCAUCGAUAUGCUCAUAAAUUGAAUGACGAACUUGCUAAAAGUUUGAAACAAGAAUAA